AUGCAUUCUAUACUCUUCUCGUUCUCACUCCUCGCGGUGGCUGCUGGCGCCGUUGCAGCGCCGUCCACGGCAAAUGAUCGUCAACCCUUAGUCUCGGAGGAGUGCUUGGCCCGCUUGAAUGGGCAAUUGCCGUACUAUGUUCCUCCAAAUUUUCACUUCUCCGGUACCGUUCGUCGAUACUAUGUGGCAGCCGAGGUUGUGACUUGGGAUUAUGCUCCGACAGGCUGGGACAACUGGCUCGGUGUACCCUUCAACGAGUCCUUCCGUGCUCAGACCUAUGGAUACAUCGCCUCGAACACGAGCAUCGGAACCAGAUACGACAAGGCGCUGUAUAGGGGAUAUACCGAUGAGACAUUCGAGACAGAAUCUGACCAGCCAGACUGGCUUGGGUUUCAGGGACCGAUAAUCCGCGGCGAAGUCGGCGAUAUGAUCGAGGUCCUGUUCGUCAACAAGAUGGAAGAAUUCUUCUCGAGCAUGCAUUCGAUGGGGCUGUACUAUACCAAAUCGUCCGAAGGUAGCGUAUACUACAAUGGGACGAGUCGCGUUGAGGUAGGGGACGCAGUUCCACCAGGAGGAUGCUUUGUCUAUAAAUGGCUCGUUGCAGACAACUCCGCUCCGAACCACGGCCUCCAGAGCCGAAUCUGGACCUACCAUCCAUAUGUCAGCAUGUAUCAAGACCAGGAUGCUGGUUCCUAUGGGCCUGUUAUCAUUUACAAUCGGGGACAAAUGGAGAGGGUCAUGCGGCAGAAUCGUGAAUUUGUCCUUCUCUACACAGACAACCAGGAGUGGAACUCAUUUCUUGCCCUGCAGAACGUCCGCAGGUACCUGCCUGGCAUGGCGUCGCAGGUCGCGAACUUGUCGUACCAGUAUCCAAAUGUGACCGAUGGCCGGGGGAAUUUCAGCAUCUGGUAUCCGCAGUUUAUCAAUACACCAAAGACUAAUGUGACGUCUGAAAUGGCGCCAAAUUUCUUCCCACUGAACGGCUAUAUCUACGCCAACAGCCCGCCCUUCGAAAUGUGCCUGAACGACAAUGUAAUCUGGUACCUUUACGACAUGGGCUUUGACACCCAUGUCUUCCAUAUGCAUGGCGAUAACAUCUUCGAUCCCGUCUCGAACACCACAUCUGCCACCGUCACCCUGAACCCUGGACAAAUGAGAACAGUAUUGAUGACUGCAUUCAACCCUGGAUGGUGGCAAUUGAUUUGCCACUUCACUACACACCUGAGUAAAGGAAUGGAGGCGAACUAUAUUGUCUAUGGUGGGCCCUAUGGGGAAUGUCCGCUGGAGCCAUUGGAGAGGCCCUAG